CUGCUGCUGCUGCCGCUGUAAUGUGUUGCAUAAAUUUGCCACAAGUAAACAUUUCAAUAAGCCUUGAGGCGUUGUUUCUUGGCAAACUUUCAUUGAGUUUCUAUAUGCGAAAAAGAAAAAAGAAUACAAACACACAUGGGUUCUUAUCAGCAGCAUGGGCGCUACGAAGAUGAGAGAGUCGGUAGACAGAGAGCGAGAGUGAUUGGCGCUAUCAAUACAGGGGGGAUUCAAUAACUAGAACUUUGGGUUAAACUUUUUUUUUUACAUAUUAAACUGAAAGAAAUAUUUUUUGUUAAGAUUUAAGUAAUCCUUUUAAUACCCUUACUUCUUAUCAGGAAAAAGACUGCAUACUUAUUGGCGCUCUACUGUACUUAAUAAUGAUUUCGAUUAUUAUUUUUAUCUUCAUAAUAUUUAUCUUUUUUAGUUAAAAAACAUUAUAUCUUAGCCAUAGAAACAGCCAUAAAACAAAAUUUUAUUCGUGACAGAUGUUAGUUCUAGUUACCGACGUUCGACUGUAAAACUCUCAAGCUGAGAACACCUCGGGGAACCCGAAGAGCGGCGACAGCAGCAGCAGCAGCAGCAGGCACGAAGAACCUUACUCACUGAAAAACGGAUUCGAACAGCUGGUCGAGAUCGGGCAGAGAUCGAUCGAUCGAUGGAUGGAUGGCUCGUUGGAUCGGUCCGAUCGCUGUAAGCACUUGUUGCGUGGUUGGUGGUUCUCUAUUAAAUCGCCUCCCAUCGUGAGUUCCGAUGGUUGCAUGCGUGUGUGUGUUUGUUUGUUCGCGUGAGUGAGUGCCGAGUCGAACGUUUGGUAGUGUGUGUGUAUGUUUGUGUGCGUUGGGCUCGGCUCAGCAUUUCCCCCAUUCAAAAAAACGGAGCGAUUCAGUCUUUGACUAAGCGUCGCAGUUGUCGCAACCAAAAGAGAGAGAGAGACGCCAUAACAGGGAUCGCGGAGGAGAUCAGAGAUCGGAGAUCGGAGAUCUGGGAUACGGUUGCGGGCUCGGUCAAUCCGGAAUAGUCAGUGUCCCUGGCCAAGGCUUAAAUCUAAUUAUUGUGUUUAAUUAACUAACUAACUUAAAUAGAACACUAAAACAUAGACGGACCAACUAAAAAAAAAAAACGAGCGUGGGUCCAAAAGUGCAAUUUCUGUCUGUGAUUAGAAGUUUCUAUUGUUUUUCGCCAGAAACUACGAUUAGCUAAAGCUUUAAAAAAUAAUAAAUAACAACAAUAAAUGUGCAAUGUAAAAAGCAAAAGUGAUGCAACAUCUAAAUAUUUAUUAAAUAUUAUUCUGGCUAAGUGAUAAUGAAAGCAUUAGUAAUGCUAAUCAAAAUGCCAACAAGUCGGAUCUAGCCUGCAGAGGAUCUAAACUUAUUGGAUUUAAAAGAAAAAACACAUUUAAGUGCGCCCCAUGGUAAUGGCCGUGAUACUGUUGCUGGCCCUGGCACUUGUACUCGGCUGCUACUGUGCUCUCCAUCGGCACAAAUUGGCAGAGAUCUAUCUACGGCCGCUUUUAAAGAAUACGCCGCUGGAGGAUUGCUAUCAUGCUGCGCCCAUUGAACCGGAGGCUCCUAGGAAGCGAAAACGUGGCAUCUGGGAUAUUCCUGGGCCGCAGAGGAUUCCCUUUCUGGGCACUAAAUGGAUAUUCUUGCUCUUCUUUCGCCGCUACAAGAUGACCAAGCUGCACGAGGUAUAUGCGGAUCUCAACAGGCAAUAUGGUGACAUAGUACUAGAGGUAAUGCCCUCCAAUGUGCCCAUCGUGCACCUGUACAAUCGCGAGGAUCUGGAAAAGGUGCUGAAAUACCCCAGCAAGUAUCCAUUCCGACCUCCCACCGAGAUCAUCGUGAUGUAUCGUCAAUCCCGACCGGAUCGUUAUGCGAGUGUGGGAAUUGUCAACGAACAGGGACCAAUGUGGCAGCGUUUGCGAUCCUCCCUGACCUCCAGCAUUACUUCUCCCAGGGUCCUACAGAAUUUCCUGCCAGCCUUGAAUGCAGUUUGUGAUGAUUUCAUCGAACUACUGCGAGCUAGACGAGAUCCUGAGACCCUGGUGGUACCCAAUUUCGAGGAGCUAGCCAAUCUAAUGGGUCUGGAGGCCGUCUGCACUUUGAUGUUGGGCAGGCGGAUGGGUUUCCUGGCUGUGGAUACCAAACAGCCACAGAAAAUCAGCCAACUUGCCGCAGCUGUCAAACAGCUUUUCAUCUCUCAAAGGGACUCGUACUACGGUUUGGGUCUGUGGAAAUAUUUUCCCACCAAGACCUACAGGGAGUUCGCCCGGGCCGAGGACUUGAUCUAUGAUGUGAUAUCCGAGAUCAUCGAUCACGAGUUGGAGGAACUCAAAAAGUCGGCUGCCUGUGAGGAUGACGAGGCAGCUGGUUUGCGGAGUAUCUUCCUUAAUAUUCUGGAGCUCAAGGAUCUGGAUAUAAGAGACAAGAAAUCGGCUAUUAUAGACUUUAUAGCCGCGGGCAUAGAAACGUUAGCCAACACCUUGCUGUUCGUGCUGAGUUCUGUUACUGGGGAUCCUGGGGCUAUGCCUCGUAUCCUGAGUGAAUUCUGUGAGUAUCGGGAUACGAAUAUCCUGCAGGAUGCUCUGACGAAUGCCACAUACACGAAGGCCUGUAUACAGGAGUCCUACAGACUGAGGCCUACGGCGUUUUGUCUGGCCAGAAUUUUGGAGGAGGACAUGGAGCUUUCGGGUUACUCGCUAAAUGCAGGGACCGUGGUGCUCUGUCAGAACAUGAUAGCCUGCCACAAGGACAGCAAUUUCCAAGGAGCCAAGCAGUUUAGUCCAGAGCGAUGGAUUGAUCCUGCCACGGAGAAUUUCACAGUGAAUGUGGACAGUGCCAGUAUUGUAGUGCCCUUCGGAGUGGGUCGAAGAUCCUGUCCGGGAAAACGUUUCGUGGAAAUGGAAGUGGUGCUGCUGCUAGCUAAGAUGGUCCUGGCCUUCGAGGUGAGCUUUGUGAAGCCUUUGGAAACAGAAUUUGAGUUCCUGCUGGCUCCCAAAACUCCACUCAGCCUAAAACUGAGUGAUAGGGUUUUCUGAUCUGAUAGAAAACUGACCCCCAAACACUGCCUAAGCUCAGGCGUUUUGUAUCAAAUACAACUAAAAUAGCUAAGAACUGAACCAUUAAGUGAAAUUAAUGUAAAAUAUUAUUAGGAUUCGUGACAUAUGUAUAUCCUUUGUCCCUGAUGACCCAGCAUCAGCAGCCUAGUCCUGUGAAGCAAUCAAAAUGAAAAGCAAAAACAACCAAUUAAAAUAAUUUUACAAAUUUAUGCUGACUGGAUGUAAUGUAGAUGUAAAAAAAAAUGUCAUGUUUUGUUGUAAUUACCCAUGUAGAUAACGAUUAAUCUUAUAAUUAUUGUUUAGUUUUAGCAUUUAAGUAGCAGCAAUUGUUUUUUGAGGAAAGACUGUGUUUAAGUUUUGUUUUUCAUGAUUUUAACAAGUUUACACACACCGUUUUUUGUACAUAGUUUUGAAAAUUGAACACUCAUCUUGUGUACAGUUUAAUUUUAAUUGUAUUUAUUCAAGUGUUUCUACUGCCCAAGCAAGCGUUUUUAUUUCAUCUCUAUAUCUGUGAAUAUUUUUGUUAAAAGAAAUAUAAUAUUCAAAUGAA